UCCGGCUUCUCCCAGCCCCGGCUUUUCCCCUUGGGAGCGCGGCGGGGGCGGCUCAAGGACCGCCCGGCCCCUGGCGAUGCCCGGAGCAGCGCACCUGCAGGUCUCCCUCGGCGCCGGGCUGUCCCUCCUCUGCCUCGGCGUCCUCCUGGGCUGUGCCAUGUGCUGGUGGCACCGCCGGCGCCCGGGCCGCCCCCUCGGCCGGCAGCGAGUGGAGCUGGGGGCGGCUCUGCCCGCGGCCACGGUGCCGGUGCUCGUCCAGGAGCAGCGCCCGGAGGUGACGGGAGAGGCGCGGGGUGUCCGGGAGGUUUCCCCGGCAUCGCCGGCAUCCCGCGGGGGCUCGCCGCAAGGCACAGAGCCCCUGCCCGCCCUCCCCUUCCUCCCGCAGCCGGCAGGGCUGUGGCAGCGCCGCUGCAGCAUCGCCGGCACCGGCCCCCUGUGCAGCGAGCGGAGCCCGUUGGUCCCCGCCGCCCCGGGGUCCCCGCUGCGCUGCGGGCAGCGUCCCCGGCUCCACUGCCACCUGUGCUACUCUGUGCCCGAGGCCACCCUCACUGUCAUCAUCCUCGGCGUCUCGCACCUGCCCCAGGGCCAGCGGGGCUCCCGCGUCAAGGUGUCCCUGCUGCCGCCGCUGUCCCGCCGCGUGUCCGAGCGCCGCAGGAGCCUCCGGCCCGCCCGCCGGGAGCCCAGCCCGUGCCGGUUCGGCCCGUGCGGUCCGGAGGAGCUGGGCAGCUGCACCCUGCGCUUUGCUGUGUACGCCAGGUCACGGAGCCUCCAGGAGUCCUUCGUGGGCGAGGUCCUGUUCCCCUGCGCUGAGGCCUCCUGGGACCCCUGCGUCCCCUCCAGCUACUCCUGGGAGCUGGCGAGCACCAAAACCAAGCUCAGCAAGCGCCGCAGUGCCCUCAGCCCGAGCUGCAGCGUCCUCUCCUCGUCCCCUGGAGCCACGGGCCAGCUCCUGCUGCGGCUGCAGCACCAGGCUGCGGCCGGGCGCAUCAAGGUGCUGCUGCGCAAGGCAGAGGCCCUGGGCCGGCUGUCCCGCGUGCCAGGCACCCCAGGUCACUACGUCAUCGUCCGCCUCCGCCACGGCAGCCACAUCAUCGACACCAAGGAGAGCAAGUCCGUCAGCGGCUGCAACCCCGUGUGGAACGCGCCCUUCCUCUUCAGCAUCCCCGGGGACACCCAGCAGCCGGAGCUGGCCUUGGAGUUCAUUGUCGUGCAGGUGAGGUGAC